UCUACUCCUAUGAGCUGUGCUGUCUGAAGGGCUGCUUUUUCCCAUGAAUAAUGUUCCCUAUGUGUACUGUCUGUGUCUGUGUUAAUACCAUGAGGUGUCAGUGUUGUGCUACGGCUGGUUAAUAGCAACAACCUCCUUCCUCUGAUGCAGACGGGGAGGUGCAGACUGAUGAAGGCCCUUUAGAGGAUGCAGACCUGUCACCACACAGUGACCUGUCCACUGAAGAGAUGCCAACGGAGGACAGUAAAACUACUGACACAGAGGAGAGUCCAGAGGGAGAAAAAGUUGAAGAGGAGGAGACUGCAGUAGCUGAGAACUCCACCGAGGAACAAGGUGAUAACAACGAAGAUGUUACUAAAACCACAGAGGAACAAGGUGAUAACAACGAAGAUAUUACUAAAAUCACUGAGGAACAAGGUGAUAACAACGAAGAUGUUACUAAAACCACAGAGGAACAAGGUGAUAACAAGGAAGAUAUUACUAAGAGGAUUACCACAGAGGAACAAGGUGAUAACAAGGAAGAUAUUACUAAAACCACUGAGGAACAAGGUGAUAACAACGAAGAUGUUACUAAGAGGAUUACCACAGAGGAACAAGGUGAUAACAAGGAAGAUGUUACUAAAACCACCGAGGAACAAGGUGAUAACAACGAAGAUGUUACUAAAAUCACCGAGGAACAAGGUGAUAACAACGAAGAUGUUACUAAGAGGAUUACCACAGAGGAACAAGGUGAUAACAAGGAAGAUGUUACUAAAACCACUGAGGAACAAGGUGAUAACAACGAAGAUAUUACUAAAACCACAGAGGAGGACUCAGACAGUGUGGUUGGUGAGAAGAGCCUGGAGACCAAGCUACAGGGAAGUCUGGAGAACCUGGUCCUGGAGAAAUGAAGGAUGGAGAGGGGAAGGGGAGAGAGAAGGAGUAGGAUGAGGCACCGGAUAAAGCUGAGGAGGUUGGAGAAGCAGGGGAUGACGGUCCAUCUUCAACAGAUGGAAAAUAGUAGAAAGAGAAAGUGGAUAGAGGAAGACGAGAUGAAUCGUACCAUGUGGAAAAGAAAGAUGAGGAGGAAGUAGACAAGGAACCUGGAACUGAGACAGAUUCUGAGACAGAGGAGGGAGGAAGUAGAUAAGGAACCUGGAACUGAGACAGAUUCUGAGACAGAGGAGGGAGGAAGUAGAUAAGGAACCUGGAACUGAGACAGGAUAGAGAUAGAUAGAGAGGUGAUCCUUCAGAGACAGGAGAAGAUAGAGAGGUGAUCCUUCAGAGACAGGAGAAGAUA